AGCAGACGAACGCCAUGUCGUAGGAAAACCGUUAUUUCAGCAUAUUAUAGAUAAUUAAAUUCUUUUUAAUUUUCAUGUAUAAUUUGUGGGUUUAUCCCUCGGGAUACCUACAAAAAUGCUCUUUUUGUGUUUUUUGGUCGUCGAAUUUUUUGGUUUUUAGUGUUUAGCGGGCGAACGCCAUGUCGUAGGACAACCCUUCUUUCACCAAAUUAUAGAUAUUUAAAUUCUUUAUGAUUUUCAUAUAUAAUUAGUGGGUUUAUCCCUCGGAAAACCUAAAAAAUUGCCCUUUUUAUGAUUUUUUGGUCGGCUAAUUUUGUGGUUUUUAUUGUUUAGCGGGCGAACGCCUUAUCGUAGGAUAACCACUUUUUCACCAAAUUAUAGAUAUUUAAAUUCUUUUUAAUUUGUGGGUUUAUCCCUCGGGAAACCUACAAAAAUGCCCUUUUUGUGUUUUUUGAUUGUCGAAUUUUUUUGUUUUUAGUGUUUAGCAGGCGAACGCCUUGUCGUAGGAUAACCGUUUUUUCACCAACUUAUAGAUAUUUAAAUUCUUUUUAAUUUUCAUGUAUAAUUUGUGGGUUUAUCCCUCGGGAAACCUACAAAAAUGCCCUUUUUAUGUUUUAUGUAGAAUAUUUUGGUUGUUAGUGUUUAGCGGACGAACGCCAUGUCGUAGGACAACCGUUCUUUCAGCAUAUUAUAGAUAAUUAAAUUCUUUUUAAUUUUCAUGUAUAAUUUGUGGGUUUAUCCCUCGUGAUACCUACAAAAAUGCUCUUUUUGUGUUUUUUGGUCGUCGAAUUUUUUGGUUUUUAGUGUUUAGCGGACGAACGCCAUGUCGUAGGACAACCGUUCUUUUAUCAAAUUAUAGAUAUUUAAAUUCUCUAUGAUUUUCAUAUAUAAUUAGUGGUUUUAUCCCUCGUGAAACCUACAAAAAUGCCCUUUUUGUGUUUUUUGGUCGUCGAAUUUUUUGGUUUUUAGUGUUUAGCGGGCGAACGCCUUAUCGUAGGAUAACCAUUUUUUCACCAAAUUAUAGAUAUUUAAAUUCUUUUUAAUUUUCAUGUAUAAUUUAUAGGCUUAUCCCUGGGGAAACGUACAAAAAUGCCCUUUUUGUGUUUUUUGGUCGUCGAUUUUUUUGUUUUUUAGUGUUUAGCGGGCGGACGCCAUGUCGUAGGGCAACCGUUCUUUCAUCAAAUUAUAGAUUUUUAAAUUAUUAAUAAUUCUCAUACAUAAUUUGUGGGUUUGUCCCUCGGGAAACUUACAAAAAAUGCCUUUUUUGUGUUUUUUGGUCGUCGAACUUUUUGGUUUUUAGGGUUUAGCGGGCGAACGCUAUGUCGUAGGACAACCGUUUUUUCACCAACUUAUAGAUAUUUAAAUUCUUUAUAAUUCUCAUGUAUAAUUUGUGGGUUUAUCCCCCGGGAAACCUCCAAAAAUGCCCUUUUUGUGUUUUUGGUCGGCUAAUUUUGUGGUUUUUACUAUUUAGCGGGCAAACGCCAUGACGUAGGGCAACCGUUCUUUCACCAAAUUAUAGAUAUUUAAAUUCUUUUUAAUUUUCAUGAAUAAUUUAUAGGCUUAUCCCUCGGGAAAUGUACAAAAUUGCCCUUUUUGUGUUUUUUGGUCGUCGAUUUUUUUGGUUUUUAGUGUUUAGCGGGCGGACGCCAUGUCGUAGGGCAACCGUUCUUUCAUCAAAUUAUAGAUUUUUAAAUUAUUAAUAAUUCUCAUACAUAAUUUGUGGGUUUGUCCCUCGGGAAACCUACAAAAAUGCCUUUUUUGUGUUUUUUGGUCGUCGAAUUUUUUGGUUUUUAGGGUUUAGCGGACGAACGCUAUGUCGUAGGACAAUCGUUCUUUCACCAAAUUAUAGCCGGCGAACGCAAUGUCGUGGGGCCGCCAUACUCUGCACUAAAUUGUACGGUGCCUUGAAUGGGAGUCACUUCUACCGCUACCUUCGCACGGUGUCCUAAAUGGGAGUCUUUAUGGAUCCUUUGGAUGAAGCAUUGGCUAUUCCUGAGAUGCCCAAGUUUAUCAAUAAGGAGCAAGUGGAGAGGUUCCGUGGUACUGGUGGACUGCGUAUUGAGGAUGGUAUUCUGAUUACUGAAGAUGGAUGUGUCAACUGGAAUAAAAUUCCAAGAACUGUCCAAGAAAUUGAAGAUUGGAUUGGUGUUGAUGAUGAUUCCAAAUACGAUUGAAUUUACAACAUUUUGAAGCUGAUAUUGAUAUCAUUUUUAUGUAUUUUGUUAAAAAGUAUGAAAAGAUCAUUAUAUAAUUGCAUAUUAUUAUCCUGUUUUCAUGCUUGUAUUGUUAAAAAUGCUGUAAAUAUUAAGAAAUUGAAUUUGUGAUUCUACAUGUUUAAAUAAAAUUGUUGUUUUAUAUAUUUAACUAUAAA